CGACUUUCCACGAACUCACCUUGACGCAACAACGAACUUCGGGGCUGGACCUUCGCCAUCGUAUUUCUCGUCACAAAUAUUCGUCUAUUUAUCGGUUUUAGUGGCUGAUAGGCUUACGUAAUUACUAUUAAGUUGGCUUCCUUGGUGAGAAAUCAACUGAGCAUUAGAGACAAGUCAUCAGCCAUCAGUCUUUGUUAAACUCCCAAAUGGGGUACAUUAUUAGGAAUAUAUCACCAUGUUUGGAAUAAGACCCUCGCAGAAAGUCCUGUUGUUGUGGAGUACUCCGGUAGAUGCCGAGGAGUUGCAGGCUAUGGUUGGAGAACUCAAGUCAGUUGUAGGAGCUGAAGGAAAAGUUGCCGUUGAGAAUGUAGAAAUGCUUGCUGACUCCAGCCAUGCAGGAAGUCAUUUCGACUUGAUUUUGGCUGGUGUCUUGCCCCCUUUCCAGUUUGAGAAUUCCUUAAACGUCUUAGGGGAGGCUUUACGAAUUCUGAAGCCGGGAGGGAGCCUUAUUGUACGUACCACUGAUAGUGCGACCACGCAAUCCACUCUAAAACUGACAGGGUUUACUUCCGUAUCCCAACCGGAAGAUGCGAGCCUCACAGACGAGCAGAAGAGGGACAUCAUAUCGCCCGUGUCAGAAAUCACAUGUCUCAAGCCAAAUUUUGAAGUUGGGUCGUCGAUGAAGCUGUCUUUCGCAAAGGCUCCUGCAAAACCUUCGGCAAACACUUGGAACAUCAACCUGACAGAUGACGAUGUUGAUCUCGAGGACCCUGAUGAUCUUCUUACUGAAGAGGACUUGAUUCGACCCGACCCAACGACUCUGAAAGUGUGCGGAACGACUGGAAAGCGAAAAGCAUGCAAAAAUUGCUCGUGCGGCUUGAAGGAAGAGUUGGACGCCGAAGACGAGAAAAGAGUGGAGGAAAACAAAAAGAACUUCAAGUCGUCCUGUGGUAACUGUUACCUUGGUGAUGCAUUUAGGUGUGCCUCCUGCCCAUACAUGGGUAUGCCAGCCUUUAAACCUGGUGAGAAAGUCAAGUUAGCUGAAAGUACUCUACAAGAUACAUCUUAAGGAAGAUUAGUACACUUACGAUGAAAACGAUGACAGUUGUAAAGUUAGUUCCGUUGAUAUUUACACAUGUAGUGCUGUCUCUUAUGGAAACCAAGUAUAUAUAUAAAUAUAUAUCUGACAUCAUUACUCUUUUAUCAUAAUACUGAAGGCAAACAGGUACUAAACUUGUGUAUCAUGUAGUACAGCGUAUGCAGCACUGAUUUACGUGCAUGUACUGUAGUUAGAUAAUAUUUUUCCUCACUUGGCCUUUGGUGUUUCAAACAAAACAAAUCCAUUAUACCAAAUAUCACAGUAGAGUUAAUAUAUUAUCCAAAAACCAUAUAAAUAACUCAGACCAUAUCAGUAAAAUGCUUUCUAUAUGAAGGUUGGCAGGUGGGAGAGGAAAGCAGAAUAAGUUGAACUUCACCAAUAAAUCACUUUUUUUUUCAACUGUUAAUACAACAUUGUAGCAUAGCAACAAUCUGUAUAUGAAUGACCCUUUUGACUUUUAUCACAGUUAGAAGUGAGUUUUGUAUAUUAUCCUCUGGCAUGUAUCAUUAGAUGUUAACAGAGGCCCUUGUUUUGGGUAAAGAAAUAUAGGUUGUAAUUUUAUUGAAGUUUUGUAUCUGAUUAUACCACAAGGAUGGAAGGUUUUGUAAGAUGUUUAAAGCAAAACUUACUUUACUGACAUGAAUAGUAUGGCAAGAUAAUGGUACAGUGUUUGUGAAUAUAUACCACCAGUCAACAGACUAUCUUCUAUUUUUGCAAAAUUGUUCUUCAAGAGAGAGGUAGCAGGUAUCUUGUUAGAAAAGUUAGAAAGGAGUUGGUAAAGUAAUUCCAUUUUUCUUAAUGCUUCUGACAGGCACGUCUUUUUGUUUAUCAGCGUCCUUUAUUGGCUUUUUAUUUGUACCUGUCAUUUAUGAAUACUUUAUGCAGGCAUUAAAAAGGUUUCUGUUUACUAUACUGAGAUAGAAAUAAUUUAUUAAUGGGCACUUAAAGGCUAGUUAUUGAUUUUCAUGUAAUUUAUCUCCCUUCCAGAUCUUGAUUCGAUAAGACUGCUCAAGAAUUGACUAUUUUUUAAAUGUAUUACAUGCCAACCAGCUAGCUUAUUACUCCCAGCAUUUAGCUUAGAGAUAUGAUUUCCAGCUGGACUGUGCAUGGUGGAAGUACUCCAGUGAAUGGUUAUUCUUCAUUUCAUUACGUCUUUGAUAUUUUUAGCUUAUUUCCAGCUACAAGUCAAGAUUGGCUACACUUUCUUUUGAAUGAACAUCUUUAAGUUUCUUGCUUUCAAUAAGUUAUCUGCUUAUUUAGUUUUUCUGUUGGUGAUCUCUAUCCAACUAUGCUGGCUCAAAAUUGUGUCCCAAGCCUCAUUAAGUCUUCAGCCUUUUGACUUGUUGUGUUAUAGUAAGAAUAUGAAUGAGAACGAUUGAGCUUUUAACAAACAGCGUGCUAGGCAAAUAUUGAGCUGGUAAUUGUCUUUUUCCAUGAAUCCUAUUGGGUGCACUGAUGUAUAGGUGAGAGGGGGUUACCCGAGUAUCAUCAAACCAUACUAGAGCUAAGAGAAGGGAUGUCUGAAUUUGAACGAGGGGCCAUAUCACAGUAGCUCUUCUCAUCUGUAGGUGAUCUUCCGGUAGUAAAGAUUUAUUUGAGGGGACCCUACCUUAUAAAGCAGUAAAAUUUAUAUUUUUCUCAGCCAGAUUUUAUCCUGCCUAUUGUAAUGAGGGAGGGUUACCUUCAUAUCUUUUAGGCAGUCUUUCCAUUCUUAACAGUGAAAGGCAUGAUUGUGAUGUUUUUCAUUAGUGCAGGAUUGUGGUCCAGGUUGUGUUUAAAGGACCUUGUCUGCUUGUGUAUCAUGAGAGUGCUAAUGGUUGAUAAUAACUGGACUGACAGCUAUAAAAGGCACUGCAUCAAGGCCUAAAUAAAUCCAUCCAAAUUUCAAAUGUAGUUCUAUUUUCUUUUGCACUUUGCAGCUUUUCAUUUACCCACAAAUUUUAAUCCUGAGUUGUAUAGCAUUUUUAUGGUUCUUAAGAGCAAAGUACAGUAUAUUGUGAUUGAUAAUAACUUAACUGUCAAUGUGAGUGCCUUAGGCUAUGAUUUAACUGUUUGUAUUAUUGCUUAAGUGCUCAGCAAGUUUUGACUUCAGUUAGCCAGUUGUGAACACAGGAUAUAUGGAACAUGUGCUGAGAACUGGAUGAAAGAAAAGUGGUUUGUUUUGGAUGACAUUUAGCAAGACUGCAGGCAGUUAAAGGGACUGCAAAAGGACUAAGUAAUAUACCAAAGAAAUAUGAGUCUUGGUUGUGAAGCUGAUGUCCAAUUUUUUAUUCUCAUAUCCACAAAAGGUCAUUAAUUUUGAAGGAAAGCAUUUUGGACACAGACAGGGAAGAUGGGAAAUCAUACUGUAGCAUAAUCUGCCCAUACAAUACGGUAGAACUUCAUCUAAAAAUUUAUAUAUUCUUCCAGAGGCUGAAGGAUGUUUGCAUUCUUUAAAAUUUAAAUGCUUUUUACUUGAGUCAUUUAUCAGGAAGUGGACCAUUUUGUAAAUGCGUUUUUUAUUUGUUAUUUUACAGUUUUUACUUGUGCCGAACAAAAUUAAUCAAAAUGUAUCAGUUUUAAAGGUCGCCAUGAAUCUUGUAAAACACAAUAUCUUGACUGUUCUUGCCAGUCUUUCAGGUUUCUUUUGUAAAAGUCUUGGGUUCUUCUAAUUGUUGGAAAGGUGUGUAUGACUACAAGUACAGUAGUUCUGUGUUCGAGUAGUGUAUUGCAGUAAGUCCCACCUCUGGAAAUUUUUAGUGCUUAGAUCACCAUCUUGUUACUUGCAUAAUUUCAAAACUUUUUUUAAGAUGUGUGUUAGACAUUUUGUGUUAAGUUAAGUUGCUUACCAAGAUGUCAUGUUAUUCAUGAAACAGAUGAUUUGUAAUCCAUAAUCAGUCCUUUAUCAGAUAUCACAAGUGUUUUAUGCCUUGUGAAUAAUUUAUAAAAGCCAAUUGUGACUUUUAUUAAAUUGUUAAUGAGAAUUAUUGUUCAAUGUGGUACUACAUUAGUGAAGCAUUGCUUUCCAUUAGUAAGUCUUCACUGAACAGUAUUUAAAAAAUAUAUUUAUUUUUGUCUGCAGAAAACUUCUAAAUAAGUUUUUUUCUAUGUAAUGACUUACAAUCUUCAGAUGUGUGGAAUUUUACUGAAGUUUAGUUUAAGGUCGAGAACAUAACAAUCAGCUGAUGAUAAUAUUUUUGUAUUCUUAAAUGUCUGUUGGGUGUGGUUAUCAGGAAUUGUAUGGAGUUUAAUUUUAAUACUGUAUAUUGUAUUGACAGGUAUACCUGAAUUUCGUCAUUCCUGGCAUAAGGAAAUAAAAGAAAACAUUGC